AUGUCUUCAUACAAGAGAAGUAAUGAGGCCUCUAAGGAAGUUGACGCGGUCAGCGAGGAGAAUUCCUUCCAGAAAAAUGAUCCCAUUUCCACCCUUGUCAAACCAGACCUACCCCCAGAAGGAGGCGCUCGUGGAUGGAUUUGCGUGGUUGGAGCAUUCAUCUGCUUAUUUUGCACUUUUGGCUUUUUAAAUGCAAUCGGUGUUUUUCAAACGUAUUACGCAGAGCAUUCUCUGAGCGGCUAUAGCUCUUCCGAUAUCUCAUGGAUCUUCGCGGUCCAGCUAUGUUUGAUGUGGGCACUGGGGCCCCUCUAUGGUCGACUUCUCGAUACCUUCGGUCCUGGACCGGUACUUUACCCAUGCAGCGUGCUCUGCGUGUUAGGUCUAUGCAUGACAAGUCUGGCAGAUGAAUACUAUCAAAUAUUCCUUGCGCAGGGGCUUUGUUUUGGAAUCGGUGCCGGAGGUGUCUUCACAUCCGCAAUGGUUUGUGUUGGCCAGUGGUUUGUCAAAAGACGAGGGUUGGCCCUCGGUAUCGCGGCGUGCGGCUCAAGCACUGGUGGAGUAAUUUUCCCUAUCUUUCUCAAUCGUAUCGUUCAAGAGAAGGGCUUCUAUGGUGCUGUGCGCUACACUGCUUUAUUCAUUGGCAUUCUAUUGGCGGGAUCCUGCUUUAUGGUACGAUCGAGACUGCCGCGGAAAGCAUGGGAUGGGAAAGCGCCAUGGUUCGACUUGUCUCUAUUGAAGGAAAAGCAAUUCGCCUUCUACAGUCUUGGCGCCUUUUUUGUUAUGUGGGGACUCUGGGGUCCAUUCGAUUACCUCCCUAGUAUGGCCCAGGAAGAGGCUGGUUUCUCUCCGAAUCUUGCGCUUUAUUUGAUCUCGAUCAUCAAUGCGACCUCCAUACCCGGCCGUAUCAUUCCUCCGCAUAUUGCAGAUCAUAUUGGCCAUUUCAAUGUUGUCACAGGGUGCGCAUUCGCGACUGGAAUCGCAAUGCUCUGCCUCUGGCUACCCUUUCACUAUCACCCGUCCCAUGCAGGAAUUAUCAUUUUUGCCCUUGUUUACGGAUUUGUGACAGGAGCCGUUGUCUCCUUGCUCAUGCCUUGCGUUGCCAAAUCCGGGAAGCUGGAAACACUCGGACUUCGAUUCGGAACAUUCCAAAUGGUUAUCUCUCUUGCAUGUCUGACUGGUCUUCCCAUAAUGGGCGCGAUCCUCAAAAGUGGCGCAAAGGACUUUGCUGGCCUGGAAAUCUUUGCUUCGGUUUCUGCGCUACUCGGCGCUAGUUUACUAGCUAUUUCGACUCAUCUUAUGGCCAAAUCGCGUGGGACUUGGCGAAUCUAA